GUAAUUCUUGUUUAAAUACACUUCAUUUCCUCACACAGAUACCAACAUUCUUACAAUGAAAAACCACAGUUUUGAACAUGAUUGCAAGAGAAUCCAUGAUUCCAUGGGGGAUUUGAGUCAGAUGAUCCCAUCUCUGAGUUGUAGAACCCUCCUUGAAAGACAAAAGCUCAAAGAGACCUUCAAGGCAAUGUAUGGAGAGGAGUUGGUAAGUUAUCUUCAAAGGUAUGAAGAUGUGUUUUGUGCUUCCAUGAACUGUUCUGCCUUGUCCUUGUGGAUGCUUGACCCACAUGACAGAGAUGCUGUUGUGGUUAGAGAGUCUCUUCAGCAAGAUGAUACCGAUUUCAAGGCUCUUGUGGAGAUUUUCGUUUGCAGAAAAUCAAGUCAUGUUCUUCUCAUCACACAGGCCUACCACAGAAUGUUCAGGAGACAGUUGGACCAAGAUAUUAUCAAUCUGGAUCCUCCACACCCGUUUCAAAAGAUUCUGGUGGCAUUGGCUGCAUCGCACAAAGCUCACCAAGUGGAUGUGAACCAUCACAUAUCCAAGUGUGAUGCAAGGAGGCUCUAUGAAACUGGAGAAGGAAGCUUAGGAGCUGCAGAUGAAGCUGUUGUAUUAGAAAUUUUAAGCAAGAGGAGCAUUCCCCAACUGAAGCAAACAUUUCUUAGCUAUAAACACAUUUAUGGACAUGACUACACAAAGUCUAUCAAUAGAGGGAAUUGUGGCCAAUUUGGUAAAGCUCUAAUGCUGGUUGUAAAAUGCAUAUGUAAUCCAGCACACUAUUUUGCAAAGAAACUGUACAGAAGCAUCAAAGGGGAAAGAAAAAGUUUUGCAAGAGCAUUGGUAAGCAGAGCUGAGGUAGACAUAGAUGAGAUCAGAAGGGUUUUCAAGGAAAAGUAUGAUAAGGAACUUGCUGAUGUUAUUUGUGAAGACCUUCCAUCUGGGGACUACAGAGACUUUCUAGUUGCUUUGGCUACAAGGUCAUGCUACAUAUGAUCUUAACUUGUAUAAUCUUUCACAAUAGUAUAAAUCAUAUCACCUUUUCUAGUUUC